GUCAGGCAGCCGAAACCAAAAGGAGGCAGAUUUAAAAGGCUGCUGAAGGAGGCUUUAUUGAGAUUUCGCUCUGGGUGGAACUCUCAGACCAACAGAGCGGGACAUGGGAGCACCAGGGUGGAGUGAAAGUACCCUGCACAGAGAACACCGGGCAGGAGACUCGCAGAGAAGGGGCAGCAGGAUUCGAUUGGAUUUGGAAUAAAGGAUCGCAACCAACUUCUGCAGAAAAGCUGGGAACAUUCUCAUUUCACUUCACGAAAACUCAGCUACGAAUCAACUUCUGCCAAAAAUUCAGCAAAAACUGGCCUCUUGCCCACGAUUUGUACUGAGCUGAAUUUUUUUCCAGCACAGUCAGUUCCUCCUCUGCAGCUGACUGGUCUGGACUUUUGCCAGCAGCCUUGGUUUUAUAAUUUUAAAGGAUCCAGGCCUUCAACUGUUGCUUGCUGUUUCUCUUCUAAGAUGGCGUUCACUGUCUUUAUCCUCCAGCUGGCCGUCCGCAUCCUGUCAUUUCCCCUGUACCUGCUGAAAUUUCUGGGCUUGUGGAACCAGAUUUCCAAAAAAUGGUUUCCCUACUACAUGAUGAAAUUUUCUACAACAUACAAUGAACAGAUGGCAGGCAAGAAGCAGGAGCUCUUCAGCAAACUGCAGGACUUUGCGGGCCCCUCCGGGAAGCUCUCCCUGCUAGAGGUGGGCUCUGGCACUGGGACCAACUUCAAGUUCUAUCCCCCUGGAUGCAGAGUGACCUGUGUUGAUCCCAACCCCAACUUUGAGAAGUUCUUAUUCAAGAGCAUUGCAGAGAACAGACACCUGCAGUUCGAGCGCUUCUUGGUGGCUGCUGGGGAGAACAUGCACCAGGUGACUGACAGUUCUGUGGAUGUGGUGGUCUGCACCACUGUGCUGUGCUCCGUGGAGAACCAGGAGCAGAUGCUCCGUGAGGUGUGCAGAGUGCUGAGGCCGGGAGGGGCUUUCUUUUUCAUAGAACAUGUGGCAGAUGAGCAUUCAACCUGGAAUUACUUCUGGCAACAGGUCAUAGAGCCUGCUUGGUACCUUGUGUUUGACGGAUGCAACCUGACCAGAGAGAGCUGGAAGGCCCUGGAGCGCGCCAGCUUCUCUAAGCUGAAGCUGCAGCACAUACAGCCUCCGCUGUCCUGCAAAGUGUUGCGCCCUCAUGUCUAUGGGUAUGCUGUGAAAUAGCACGGGGUGGCAAUAGCUGAAUGACUUGAACAAUUUAAGACUUCAGUUUUUCAUUUAAAAUACUAAUUGGGAAAAGGGAUACUAAAUGUUAUGUAAAGUCGAAUUCAUCCUUAAGAGUUUUUAUUAUAUCUUAUUUAGCCAUUUUUAUUGUUUGCCCAAAGAAUUAAACCCACCCAAACAAAAAACAACUUGGAAACUCUCCCUUCAAAGGAAACGGGGGGGCUUUCAUAAUUGAAAAAUACCAUCAUGUCCAAAAUUUAUCUUCUUGAGGGACAGGAAAUUUUUUCAGUUGUCUUCUUUAAAUUGUUACCCACAUAUUUUCAUUUCACUCCUUUUGGAGAGCUUGGUGCUAAGAAGCAGUUAAUCACUUCAAAACACGACUUCCAACAGGGAACAGUGAAAAGACAUUAGCAAUUCACAAACUGAACAAAGAAAUAUGAGCUAACUGAAAAAUCCAAGUACAAAUGGCCCAGACAUUCUGUAAAAGAAAGACGAACCUGUUUGUUCUUCUCGAUAUCACUGGUUUGCCUUCUGGGGUUAAAGUACUAGGCUGUCACAUGUAGUUCUGUGCAGCUUUCUGUCUUUUAUCCCAGUGUCCCACCAAAGUUAGUUUUCCUGCAUUCCAGUCCUCAUUUCUUAAGAUUACACUUCACACAUUAGUAUAAACAUAAAACUAGAUGAGGCAGUUUGGGUUCUGGGGAUCAUUGUCCUUAUAAUCCAGCACAUACUUUGCUGAAUAGAUGAUUACAGGCAAGGAAAGAAACUGCAAAUAGGAAAACUUGCAGAAUUAGUAGACUCCAUAAGUACCCCUAAAAAUCAAGCAACCCAUGAGUCUGUAAAUAAGUAGGCAAAUAUUUCUUUGAUUAUUCUGAUCAAAAUCUACUCCAUCCAAGAUGAUUUCUUUGUUCUCUGCACCUCUAGGAGCCAUGAAAAUGAUCACAAGUGCUUUGAAAACAAGUGUUAGGCUGGUUAGUCAGAGGACUUCAUAGGAUGUAUUUUAACAAAUGUGUGUUUUCUGAAAUGAUUUUGCAAAAGUACUGUUUUAAAUACCAAAUCAAGCAAUAAAUUCACAUUCAUUUUAAACAUAGUAAUAAAAGAGAGUUGAUCUCUUUGACAA